AUGGGUCGGGCCGUUCGCUGGAGCUGCGCCCUAAGGCUGCAGCAGACGUUGCAGGAAGCGUUGCUGGAACCGGACCGGAUUACGUUCAAUGCUGCCAUGAGUGCCUGCAGUCGAGCGGGUCGCUGGGAGUCGGCCCUGGACCUUUUAGCAGAUAUGCUUCACACAGGUCCAGUUCCGUCUCUAGCAGACUUCAACGUUAUGAUCAGCGCACUGGGAGAUGCCGGGCAGUGGGAGCAUGCCCAGCAUCUGUUUUCGGUUGCAGUCGCUGCCGCGCUGGAGGCAGACAUCGUGACGUAUACUUCCUUAAUCUCAGCUUUGUCAAUGGGGAAGCGUUGGGAAUUAGCGUUAAGCUUACUUGGUGCAACGGUCGAGAAGAGCCUACAGCCACAGCUGCGAAGUUACAAUGUGGCACUUUCGGCACUUAGACGGGCUCAUGCCUGGCGCAAUUGCCUGCGGCUUGCAGCUGGUGCUUCGGCAGCUGGCCUGCAUCCUGACAUCAUCACUCAGAACGAGUUGCUUCGGGCCUCGGCCCGUGCGGGUCAAUGGCAGUUGGUGCACAGCUUGCUUCGCGGCCUAGGAACCCUGUCCUGUCGCCCGUCCCGGGUCACCUUCAAUGCAGCCUUGCAGGCUGCUGAGUUUGGCCCAGGCGUCGAUCUCUCUCUCCAGCUGCUGGACGAGAUUCCGCGGCUGCGUUUGUCGCGGGAACCUGUUGACUUUAGCCCGGUCAUUCUUGGGUGUUUGGCUGCCGGGCGCAUGCAGAAUGCCCUAGAAGUCUUGGGCUCCAUGCUGGAGGACGUGUGCGGAAAGGGUUUGGUAGAUGUGGCUGCGCAGUUUGACAGGUCUUGCUUGAAACGGCUGCAAAGGACGAGGGCACUACAGGCCAUCGCAGCAUGCUUGACGCCACUCCUUUCUGCCUGCGAGAGUGAGACGAGCGAGACGAGCGAGACGGGCACGGAGCUUGCCUUGUUGCAGCUUGUCGGCUUCGGCAUAGACUAUGAAGAAACGGGGGAAGGCCACAACGACUCAAGCCAUGAGGAGCUUUUGCAACUCGCGCACGCGCUGGCUCCCGUUGGCCUUGCCGCCAGGCUUUCUGCUCGCGGCAGGGCCUCCGAGGCGUCGGAGCUGCUGUGGGAGCUUCUGGAUCGCCCCGUGCCCGCGGGGCCGGGGCUUACGACGGCGGUGCUCAGCCGGCGAGCCGCACUGGCUUUGCAGGCAGAGCUGCGAAAGCGACCCGUGGUUUAUGUGCCAAGUCUGCCUCGCUUGGGUGCGGCCGAGGCUCCUUCCAUGAUACCUUUGAAGCGGGCGCAUGCGCGAGAGCUGAGCCUCCUGCGAUACGUUCUCAUGGAGGCCAAGCCCGGCAAUCCCGCUUCCCUUUGCGAAGCAGUGGAGGCCCACAGCCAGCUACUCGGAAAGGAAGGGAUGUGGUCCAAGAUUGCAGGUGGAAGCAAGGCCGACUGUUUGCUUGCUGCAGCUGCUGGUUCUGCAGAGGGUCCAGUGCUUGAAAUUGGUACUUUCUGUGGGUAUGCAACCUUGUGCUUGGCACAAGCUCUGCCGGACGUUCGAAUCACGAGCCUAGAGACCGAUCCCACGAUGGUAGCCAUUGCCCGAACUUUCAUGGCGCUUUCCGGGGUGGCGGCGCGAGUUGACAUCCGCACCGGCAAUAGCCGCAACUUGCUCCCGAUGCUUGAAGGAUCGUUCGGUAUGGUCUUCAUGGAUUUCUGGGGCUCGCAGUACAUGGAGACAUGCCAAGACCUCGCCAUGCUGGGCCAGUUGCGUCCUGGCUCCACUGUUGUUGCGGACAACGUGCUGGAAACCGGAGCCAUGCUUUAUUUGUGGCACGUUGCAAACCCCGUGGCUUACUUCCACACGCAAGUUAUGGCAGUUUCAGAAUUCACCAGAACUGGCAACUCGGGGGUCGAGGAGGACUGGCUCAGUGUUAGUGUUUUCGUGCCUCCCAUGCACGGCGUAGGGAGCUCAGAACCGCAGGGGCCUCCUCCAGCGAAGGUAAUUGAAGCACAUGAGAUCUCGGAGCGGAUGCGGGAGGUGGUGUUCAGCCCUGGGCACACCGUGACAGCCAGAGAGCGCUCAGAAGACGACCUCAAAAAGAUGCCCAGCCUCUGGAAGCAACCGACCGCGACCGUGCACGUGGCUGCUGCGAAUGAAGCCGGCCAGUCCCGCCCCGCGAAGCUGGAGAUCCGGCUGGCUACAUGCAUGGCUUGGUCUCCGAGCAGUUCGGACAGCGAGUCCAGUGCGACCUCGAGUUCUGGGCUCCCUGGGAGCCCUCAGAGCCCUGACUUCGAGGAGGAGAUUCAGAAGCGCUCGGGGCCCGAGCUCCGGCGCUGGCUGCAGAAACAGCUGAAGGCACCGCUGGUCGCCUGGCUGAAGACGCUGCGCCUGCCCACAUCCGGGACGAAGGAGGAUCUCGUGGAGAGGGUCCUGGAUGUGAUGGGGAUGUGA